AUGUCAACCAUGUCCGACAUCUCCGAUGACUAUGUCACCAUCUCGCCUACUACCGACCUCCAUCUGAGUGUCCACAUGGAAAAAUUGGCCCAUCGUCGUCGGUUGGGUAGCACCUCAAGUGAGGGCUCAUCCAGCGCCGGCCCAUCUGAAGAGGAGGCUCCAGUUACCACUGUCGUGGCUCCCCCAACUCAUGUUCAUCCCAAAAACGUCCCGGACUGGAGCAAUCUGAAAGUUCUUCAUCGUAACACUCUCCCUCCUCGGAGCUACUUCUUCCUGUAUAACAAUGAAAAGGACGCCCUCACCAGAGACACCACCAAAUCCAAAUCCCUCCUCCUCUCUGGAAAGUGGAAGUUCCAUUUGACCCAUUCUCCCUUCGCUGGACCCCGAGACUUUUAUGAACGCGACUUUGACACGUCCAAAUGGGAUGACAUUGUUGUUCCUGGCAUGUGGCAGUGCCAGGGGUAUGGACGAGGGCCACAAUACACCAACCUCAACUUCCCCUGGCCCGUCGACCCCCCAAACAUUCCCUACGAUGACAAUGAGUGCGGCCGACAUGUGACCAAGUUCCACGUCGGCAAGGACUUUGCAGAGCACCAGCUGAGGCUCCGCUUCGAAGGUGUCGACUCGGCCUUCACCGUCUGGGUUAACGGAAAGGACGUUGGGUAUUCUCAGGGAGCCCGCAACCCCAGCGAAUUUGACGUGACGGACUUUAUCGAGAUCGACGCCGAGAACACCCUCGCAGUAGAGGUCUAUCAGAGAUGUGACGGUACUUACCUCGAAGACCAAGACCAGUGGUGGCUCAGUGGCAUCUUCCGUGAUGUCUACCUCCACGCCUUCCCCAAGUUCCAUCCAGAGGACUACCACGUGCACACCAUCCUCGAUGACGACUACAAGGACGCCACUUUCCGUGUCGAUAUCACCAUGAACAGGGGCGCCUACGUAGAUAUGAAGCUGCUGGACGCCGAUGGCAACAUCGUCGCCAAGGGCAUGGACAUCUUUGACCGGAGCAACCGCUUCGAGUUCCGCAUCAAGAACCCGCACAAGUGGACCGCCGAGACGCCGUACCUAUACACGCUGGUGCUCAAUUUCCAAAGGUGCAGUCUUGUUCAACGUGUGGGAUUCCGACGAACCGAGCUUAUCAAGGGCGUUUUCUGCAUCAACGGCGAGCCUGUCAAGUUCCGCGGCGUCAAUCGCCACGAGCAUAACCCCGAUUCAGGGCGUGCUGUGCCAUACGAGUUCCUCAAGCGGGACCUGCUUAUCAUGAAGCACUUCAACAUCAACGGAAUCCGUACGUCUCACUACAUCAAUGACCCGCGACUUUAUGACCUCGCCGAUGAGCUCGGCAUCUGGAUUCUUGACGAAGCAGACCUCGAGUGCCACGGUUUGGGAGUCGUGGGCGUCGAGGGACACAAGCUUGCCACGGACAACCCCGAGUGGAGAGAGGCAUACGAGGACAGAGCGAGGCAGAUGGUCCAGCGCGACAAGAACCACGCCUCUGUCGUCUUGUGGUCGCUGGGCAACGAGUCAUUCUACGGUAGCAACCAUCAGCACAUGUACGAUGUCAUCAAGAGUCUCGACACCUCUCGCCUUGUGCAUUAUGAAGGCGACUGGAACGCCCAGACUGCCGACAUCUACAGCCGGAUGUACACCUCCGUGGACGAGAUUGUCAGCAUGUCGGGCGAGAAGGACUGGAGGAAGCCUCUGGUGAUGUGCGAGUACAUUCACGCCAUGGGCAACGGGCCCGGCGGCAUCAAAGAGUACAUUGACGCAUUUUAUGAGCACCCGCGGCUCAUGGGAGGGUUUGUAUGGGAGUGGGCGAACCAUGGCCUUCGCACCAAGACCGCCGACGGUGAAGAGUACAUGGGGUACGGAGGUGAUUUCGGCGACGACCCCAACGACUACAACUUUGUCUUUGACGGCCUCUGCUUCGCCAACCACACUCCCACCCCCGGCCUGGUGGAAUACGGAAAGGCCAUUGAGCCCGUGCAGACGCUCGGAAUCGACGGCAACGAGGUGACCAUCAUCAACCGCUACGACUUUGUCACCUUGGACCACCUCACAGCUACCUGGCACGUUGUUGCCGACGGCGUCGUCAUUGGCAGCGACCAAGAAGUCGAGAUCCCCAAGGGGAUCAAACCCCACACCAAGGCUCAACUGAAAAUCAAGGGCCUGCCCAAGGACCUCACUUCCGAAGCCUACCUGCACAUCGACUUCGCCCUCGCAAAGUCCACAAACUGGGCCAAGGCAGGCCACCGCGUCGCCUUCGGCCAGGUCGCGCUCUCCAAGCCCGCCUCCAUGGCCCGCAUCCUCGCCACCCUCUUCCACCCCUUCGUCGACCCGGUCCCCACCGUCCAACAGACGGACGCCUCAACGCUUUCCAUCACUUCUUCCACGGGUCGCUCCACCUGGGGCCUGGAUCUCACCCUCGGCACGAUGACUAGCUGGAAAAAAUCCUCCCGCCCGCACCUAGAGCUGCUCACGGAGCCGUUCGUAAUGGACUUUUACCGCGCUCUCACCGACAACGACCGCGGCGGCCGCUUCGGACAAAACUGGCAGGACCGCCGUCUGCACCAGACAAAGCACCACGUCAAGCGCGUCGAGUGGCGCAAGGAGAAACACGGCCUCGUAGUCAACGUCCAAAGCCGCAUCGCGCCGCCCGUUCUCGCGUGGUCGGUCGACACCUGGACCACCUUCACCUUCCACGGCGAGGCAGUAUACGUCAAGAUCAAGGGCAAGCCGACCGGGCCGUUGCUGCCGGAUACUUUUGCGCGCAUCGGUCUGACGGGCGGCAUCGCCGGCGUGGAGAAGGUCGCGUGGUGGGGCCGCGGACCGGGCGAGAGCUACUCGGACAAGAAACAGGCGCAGGCCUUUGGGAACUGGGAGGAGACGGUCGACGACCUCUUUGUCGACUACGAGUUCCCCCAGGACGGCGGCAACAGGACCGACGUCCGAUGGGUCGAGUUCCGCGGCCGUCUGCCGGACGAGAACGGCGUCGUGGACCAGAGCAAGCCUCUCGAGAGACUUGUCCGCGCGCGUUUCGGUGACUUGGAUGGCGCGUCCUUCUCCGCCAUGCACUACACUACCAAGGACCUCGACGAGUGCAAGCACCCGUACGAGUUGCACAAGCGCAAGAGGAAGGAUACCGUCGUCAGGCUGGACUGGAAGCAUCACGGUCUGGGUACCGGAUCCUGCGGUCCGGCAACGCUGCCGCAGUACGAGCUCGCGGCCAAGGAGUUUGACGUCGAGCUUGUGUUGGACUAA